AUCAAGGGAUUGGAUUUUCCGACUUUCUACGCUAUGGACACAUCGCAGCCGCCCAAUGUAUUCAUACGGGUCGAGAUUUUAAGACUUUUUCUGAAAAAGACGAAGCAAAAGCCACUAAAAACGUCAACAUCAGACAUGCCCUACAUCAAGCUUUAGAAAAAAAAGAACUCUCCCUUUUUUAUCAACCCAAAGUUGAGCUCACAACAGGCAGGACCAUUGACCUUGAAGCGCUUGUCCGCUGGAACAGCGCAACACUUGGUCCAAUCUCUCCCGAAGAAUUCAUCCCUAUGACAGAAAGAACUUUAUUGAUUCACCCCUUUUCAAAAUGGGUUGUGCGCCAAGCUUUAAAAGAUUCUGAAAAGUGGAAGAAGCUCCCUCGUUCCCCCAAACUGGCCCUUAAUUUUUCUGUAAAAAACUUAAUCAACCAAGAUUUAGCUUACUAUCUUUUCCAACAACUCAGCAUCUCUUCGGUCGCUACAAAAAACAUUGAGAUUGAAAUGACAGAAAGUGCUCUUGCAGACGAUAUCGACCGUAUUGCAGAUACCCUUGCUCGCAUCCGAGAAAAAGGGGUCAAAGUUGCCAUUGAUGACUUUGGAACUGGCGCUUCAUCCAUGCAAUAUCUCCUUGAUUUGCCUAUAGAUAUUCUCAAAAUCGACAAACACUUUGUUCAAGCGAUGGAACACAAUGCUCAUGCAAACGCCAUUGUCAAAAGUGCUAUCGAACUCGGACGUGCCUUGAAAGUUGACGUCACAGCAGAAGGCAUUGAAACUCAAGACCAAUUUGAGCUCCUCAAAAGUAUGGGUUGCCCUUACGGACAAGGAUAUUGGAUCGCAAAACCUAUGGCCGCAAAAGAUGUCACAACUUGGCUUGAAACACCUUUCGCCGUUCACAAAG